AAAGAAAACAAAACCAUAACAAAAAGCAGCAUGGCUGGUGCAGGGCACAGGUCGACGUUAAAGCAGAAAAAUAAGUCCCAUAAUCAUGGGAAACACAGGAGUAAAAGAAAUUUAAAACGAGAAGCUCAUGGCAAGACGACAAAUGUGAAAGACAUUACAAAGAAAAAGAAGAUAAAAGAACUGCUGAGGUCAGAGAAUGCUCAGCGUCAUGCAGAUGGGAGAGAGGAAUCCUUUGAUCAAAGAAGAGGAGCCACUGUUGACCCACCCCGUCUAGUGGUUGUGGCUAGCUUAGACAAAAACAUUGAUGUCCCUGUAGUCAUCAACUUGCUGCAGGAAGCAGACUUGUCUGCAGAGGUGAAGAGCGGUGAACGCAAUGUUUUACAUGUCAGUGCCCCCAAGCUCAAGAAACGAAUGUGUUUUGUCGUCGCUGAGCAUGGCAAUCUUCAGGGCCUUUUGGAUGCAGCACGAACCGCUGAUGUGGUACUUUUCCUCAUGUCUGGAGACCGGGGGCUGGACAACUAUGGUAACCAUUGCCUCACCUGUGUGGUGGCCCAGGGUGUGCCAGCCCAUCUGUUUGCCUGUCAGGUUGACGUUGAUAAAGGUACUUUGAAGGUGACUGGCUUCCUGAGGGGACAAGACCUAAAUGUGAACCAACUAGUCCACAUUCCUGGAGUGGGUGACUUUCAGAUGUCGCAGAUUGACCAGCUAGAUGACCCUUACCCUUUGGUUGUCAAGGGUAACAAGGACCGGCGACAGAAGAAUGCAGUGGCUGGUGACACAGAGAUGGCGGAGCUGCAGUCACAAGGUGUGUGUCUGGCACGUGCCACACAGCCUGAGUCUCUUCAGUCAGAAGUUAUACCAGACGACAUGGAUCAGGAGCAGACGUGGCCCACAGCUGAAGAACUGAAUGAGGACAAACCUGUGAAGCAGAAGAAUUUGAAGGGGGUGUCAGACUAUCAGAGUAACUGGAUUUUGGAUUUACCGGAAGAUGAGGAUGAUUCUGAUGAUGAGGAUGCUGAUGAAGACAUGGAGGAUGAAGGCAUGGAAGAUGGAGAAGAUUCUGACAAUGAGGAAGAUGAAGAGGAGGCUGACGAUGCUGACACUGGAACUGCCACAGAAACAGAUGAUGCUGAAAACUAUGAUGAACAGAUGGACAUGGAUGAAGAGAAGAAAAUGUAUGAAAAGAUGAAAGAAGAACGCCUCAACGUUCACUUUCCGGAUGAAGUUGACACGCCUCUGGACACGAAAGCACUGACACGUUUUGCCAGGUAUCGUGGGAUGGACAGUUUCCAGACCACUGUGUGGGACCCCAAAGAGUCUCUGGCCUAUGACUAUGGCCGCAUCUACCGUGUGAACAAGCACCACUACAAACGCCUCAAGAAGGUCUCCAUGAAAGAAAGGGAAGAAGAAGAUGACAAUCUUCUGGCUGAGCCUGGAAACUACAUCACAGUUUACAUUAAAAAUGUUCCCAGGACAUUUUAUGGUGAUCUUGAUCAAAUGACCCCAGUGACCUUUUACGGCCUGUUUGCCAAUGAGCAGAAGAUGACUCUUCUGAACGUGCAAAUUGCUCGGGCGCCAGGUUUCUCAGCCCCUGUCAAGUCAAAAGAGCCGAUGGUGUUUCAGGUUGGCUUCCGUAGGUUCUCGGCGAGUCCCAUCUUCUCUGAGCACAGUUAUCAGAACAAGUUCAAGAUGGAGCGUUUCCUGCCGAAAAACGGUUUUAUCGUGGCUUCGAUGUAUGCUCCCAUCAUGUUUGCUCCUGCCCCAGUUCUUGUCUUCAGGGAAAAUGCCCUUGAGAGAUUUGACUUGGUGGCAAAAGGCUCCUUACUUCCCCUGGACACAGAUCGCAUUGUGAUCAAGAGGGUGGUGCUGAGUGGCGUCCCUUUCAAGAUCAACAAAAAAUCUGUGGUUGUCAGAUACAUGUUCUUCAACAGAGAGGACAUCGAGUUCUACAAGCCUAUAGAACUCCGUACGAAGCAUGGGAAAAGAGGCCACAUCAAGCAAGCUUUAGGAACCCAUGGCCACAUGAAGUGCACCUUCAACAGCCAGCUCAAGUCUGAGGAUACAGUGUUGAUGCAUCUGUACAAGCGCGUGUUCCCCAAGUGGUCAUACGACCCCCAGGUCCCUAUCCUGCCCCCAGUCAUUGUAGAGGAUGAAGCAGACAGCCAGGAAGAAGAAGAGGAAAUGGCCGAUGAGGUGCAAGAAAAAGUUGGGGAUGCAUACAAGAUGUUUGACUGAGAUAUAUCCGUGUAUAUAUUUCAUGUAUUUAAUUUAUAGAUGAUUUAUGUCUGUAUACACUGGCUGACUUUUAAUUGAUGUUACUAUUCAAAUAUGGCUAUAAGAUGAUGAAUGUACAAAAACAUCUGAUUAAUUUACAUGUUUUUGGUGUGGGUCCCAAAAUGGUCAAGUCUGAAAUUUGUACACAGGCUUUUAAAGUCUCAUUCUCAUUCUGUCUUUUAAAGUCCUUUUCUUUUCUUUGUUGUUUUUCUUCUGAGGUACAGUUAACAUUUAGACCAUUCCGGGGGGGGGGGGGGGU